AUGUCUACCGUACCGCGAACCCCUUCUCCCCAGCCUAAGGGCUCGUCAGACAGCCCAAAGAUACCCAAAUAUCGUGCUUUUUCUCUUAGCACUCUGAAAGGAAGAUUCAACCAUGGAGUUUCGGGGCCAGUCUCACCUACCAGUCGUGCCAUAGUAAGCCGCUACUUCGAGGGAAUACCGACGCCUACCCCCAACAACCAGUUUAGAGAGCCGUCCCCAUUCUACUUGCCCUCCUCUGUCGUUGGGAGCAAUUCUACUCGCCAUAACCGUCCCAAAGAGCAACAUAACAUGAAACCUACCAAACUAUCUGAAGUUGUGCUACCUCUUCCUCCUUCAGCACCAGGAUCACCUUGUCCUCGGCACAGUCAAGAACAACAGUCGCGUCCAGACGCGACCUCCGAAUACCGCACAGCUAAGGAUGUGCCAAAGAAAGCCUCAGCCCGAGAAUUGAGAGUGAAGAAACUCGACCGUUCGGAAUCCAGAUAUCAUAUUCCUGGUAUCCCUCAUAAGCACAACCACUCUAGAAGCGCUCGGCUCUUGGGCAAGAAACCCUCUUCGAAAAGACUUACAGACAACUCCACGAAGAAGCGAAGGGCGUCUGAAUAUGAAAGUACGGAAAAUAGCCACGGCAAUCGGGAAGAUGAGGGACGGCCCAUCUGCUCAACAGGAAGCGCAAUAGACCAGGAGCCACCAAAGAAACGUACAAAACGACACGCUUCAAACCCCGAAGCCGGUAGUGGUACUGGUCAUCCAGUUCCUAGUCACGGAGAAAUCCACACGCGCCACGGCGCUAAAUAG